CUCUCUCUCUCUCUCUCACGGUCAUUAAUUUUUUCUCUUCUCAUCCGCUUUCUACUCCUCUUAAUUUGCUUAUUGUUUUUGGUGCUUGAUUCGAUCUGUUACGGUUGUGUUCGUUGUUGGUGGAUCCCGGCGAUCGCCAGGGGGGCGUGACCCAGGUUGACAGAAGAGAGUGAGCACGCGGCGGGGAGGGCAUCGGCGGAGGUGCCGUCGCUGUGGCGUGCUCACCCCUCUCUCUGUCAUCCCCAUCUCCCCUCGUCGGCGGCUGACACGAAUCAAAGACCUCGUCUUUGGUUCCUUUUUUUUGCGUCGGAUCGAUGACGAUGAACUAUAUGAGGGGCAGGGCAUCAUCUCAGGACGAUGACGAUGGACACGCGUGUGAUGGACUCAGCUGUCGCUGAUCUUAUGUCGGCCACUUCUUCCUCUGUAGUCAAGACUUACCUCUGGGUUAGUAAGCGUUUCCGAGGCAAGUUGAGUGAGAAGGAAGCGCAUGGAAGCGGUGCUUUAUGUUCAUUUGCCCCUUCUAUCUCUUGAGUAAUCGUCCAGCGCAGGCGGAAGGUGUCGCGACGCCAGAAGCCAAAAUCUUGCUAUGGCGGAGGACGUGCUCGUCGACUUGAGUUUUACUGCAUUGCCGAGCGACGAACAAAGGAGGCGACGGCGCUGCAUCAUUUGCUGCAAAAAGGCCCGCCCUUUAAGAAAGCGAUGAAAAAGUCGCCGGAGGUCAUCGACGGAGCCGAUUGCCUCCUCCAGGAGAUUAGGGUUUUUCAAAGGGACUGACAAAUCCAGACCUUUCUGCGAUAAAGUGUGGAUCUACCUUUGGAGAGAUGAAAGGCCGAGAUGUGGAGAAGGCGACGCUACUUCACAGAGCAGAAGGAGAAUCAAAGGAGUCGCCUGCGUUGAUCAGCAUCGCCGGCCCGGUGGGAAUGGGGAAGACGCAUCUAGCCUCACAUGAAUUACCCUUUCGAACAAAAUCAGUUGUUUCAGCUAUGGGAGGCCAUUGGACUGGGUUCAUCUGAAAAUGUUCAAGAUCUUUCGAAACAUUGUUUGUUUGCGAGUUAAGCGAGAAAGAAGGACAAGUUUGUGUUCCGCGAAAUCUUGCAUGAGCUUGCAGACUGCAUAUGUGAUGGUCGAUUCUUCAGGCUUGCGGACUGGAUCGAGGAGGAAGAAGACAGAGGAAUUCGAUGUGAAAGAUUGACUCUUUCUCCGCCUCUUAUUUAUAUGUGGCGCAAACACAAGUCGACUCCGCUACUAUACUCUUCACCACCACAUCCAUGGCGGUGACACACACCACCGCACACCUCCCAUGGCAUCCGCUGCCGCAUCCUCUUGCUCUCUCCUUCGCCUUCCUCCCUCCUCUUUCCCCCUCAGUCGUCGCCGGGAUGCAACAUCGACGUCUCGUCGUCGGACCGUCUUUCCGGCCGUUGCAUCAGUCGCUGACCCGCGUGAGGAGGAGAUCGUCAUCGUCGGCGCCGGAAUCGCUGGGCUCGCAACCGCUCUUUCUCUCCGCAGGCUCGGGAUCCGAUCCGUGGUGCUGGAGCAAGGGGAUUCGCUUCGGGCGGGUGGCACCUCGCUGACGCUCUUCAAGAACGGAUGGCGCGUCUUGGAUUCCAUCGGCGUCGCGGAUGAGCUCCGCGGCCAGUUCCUGCAGAUCCAAGGGCUGGUGAUGAGAGCCGAUGAUGGAAGGGAGCUUCGCUCGUUUGUCUUGGAAGAGGAAGCGCCAGGGCAGGAAGCUCGUGCAGUUGAGAGGAGGGUGCUUCUUGAGACUCUAGCUAGCCCAUUGCCACCGAACACAGUAUCUUUCUCAUCCAGAUUGAAGUCUAUCAGAAAAGAUGGAAGCCAUGGGUCACUACUGGAACUUGAGGAUGGUGACAGCAUACGUGCCAAGAUAGUUAUAGGUUGUGAUGGAGUCCGCUCACCAGUAGCCAAAUGGAUGGGAUUUUCAGAACCCAAAUAUGUUGGACAUUGUGCUUUCCGUGGCCUUGCUGUAUAUCCUGAAGGUCAUUCCCACAAAGCAAAAGUGAACUACAUCUAUGGAAGGGGGAUUCGAGCCGGUUUCCUUCCAAUAUCUUCCACAAAAGUUUAUUGGUUUAUUUGCUGGAACAGUGUAUCCCCAGGGCCAAAGAUCAAAGACCCAUCUGUUCUGAAACAAGAAGCUCUCAACCUUGUAAGAAGCUGGCCCGAAGAACUACUUGAUGUCAUACAGAACACGUCAGAAGAUGUGGUCAUCAAGACUCCGCUGGUCGACCGGUGGCUAUGGCCCAUUCUCACCCCCUCAGCCUCAUCAAAUGGGGUGGUGGUGGUGGGAGACGCAUGGCAUCCCAUGACACCCAACCUCGGCCAGGGUGCUUGCUGCGCUUUAGAAGACUCUGUGGUUCUCGUCAAGAAGUUAGCAACUGCCAUCAGGAGUGGCCGACACUCGGCGGUGGACGAAGCACUGCAAGAUUACAGCCGAGAGAGAUGGGCACGUAUUUUUCCGUUGACGGUGCGUUCUAAUAUCACUGGCUCGCUGUUGCAGUGGGAUGAUCCUCUGGUUUGUGCAUUUAGGAACAAUGUGAUGGUGCCAAGGCUGGUGAGUCUGGGUCCAAUGUUGGAGCACACUAAUUUUGAGUGUGAGAUGCUGGAGCAGCCAGUUACAUCAGUCUGAUUUGUCUCUACUUCCUCUUUGAUAAUUACGGUCGAAGAAGAUCAUCAUUUAGUUCUUUUGGUUGAUCUGUAACUGCAGAUUCAUGUUUUAGCUAAAUCAGGUUGAUUUA